GGCUAAGCCUUAAUUGAAAAGCAAAGGCACAGUGCGCGUGUUCAUAUCAUCUAUCUCGGCUACUUUAAGUUUAGCAUUAGGCUGAGCCUCCUCAUGACGCCUUACUGGAGCUCAGAUAGUUGGCAGCGCAGCGAAGCGAGCAGCGAAGAGUCCACAACGGAGAGUAUAGAGCGACUUUAAUGUAUGACGAAAGACAGGUGUAAGUUGUAGGCCUAGCCUAUACACAACCGUCGGUGCGACAUAAUCACAGAUGCGACAUAAUCACAGAUAGUCCUGCGGGAGUGGGGACAGCAUUGAAUGUGGAUCUUGCAGCGGUGAAAAAGUUCGUUUUUACGCCAGGUGUUCAAUAGGACCUGUACGAGUCCAUCAUGAGGUAUUGGAAGCUACUGGGAAUGUUGGCUGUUGUACUGUUCUCCCUGAUCUUCAUCUCGCUCAGGCAGUUAGAGGAAGACUGUAGCACCAUCAUCUCUCUCAACCACACGGCGAAGGAGAGAGAUGUGCGGCUGGAGUUUCGGCGCGCGCUCCGCCAGAGGCAAUGGAAGCAGAGGGUGGAGCGCAUGUGGCCCAUGGACGAUUUCACGGCGGCGAGGGCGGUGGCGAGGCAGCUGCGUCGGGGAAGGGUGUCGGAGCUGAUGCUCAGCUACCGCCUACGUGGCGUGAUGAAACACUACAUCAACAACAACAAGUACCGCGUGGCCUUCCGUGGCCACCGUGUGCUGGUCAGAUCCAGGCGUGAGCUGCUGUGUCGUUUGAAGAGCCAGAUGUUUGGGUUGACGCUGGACGGGAGGGAGCCGCCGUUCUCCGUUCGCGGUUGGGAGAGGCUCAUGCCACGCAGGAGUCUGGAGGAGCUGUACGGGGCACGCCUGAAUACCUGUGCUGUGGUCGCCUCCGCUGGAUCCAUCCUCCACUCUGGCCUGGGAGAGGAGAUCGAUGGCCAUGACGCAGUGUUGCGCUUUAAUGCGGCUCCAACAGAGGGGUUUGAAAACGAUGUGGGCACAAAAACCACCAUCCGCCUCUUGAAUUCCCAGAUUAUGGCCCAACCGAGACAUGAGUUCAAUACCAGUGCACUCUACAGGAACAUCACUCUGCUAGCGUGGGACCCUUCACCAUACAAUGUAGACUUGCAGAGGUGGUACGAAGAGCCCGACUCCGACCUGUUUACCCCAUAUGUAGAGCGGCGGCAGCUCAACCCCAGCGAGCCGUUCUACAUCCUCCACCCAGGCUACAUUUGGAGACUGUGGGAUUUGAUCCAGGGGAACACCAUAGAGGACAUCCAGCCCAAUCCCCCCUCGUCUGGCUUCAUAGGCAUCAUGGUGAUGAUGGGCUUAUGUGAGACAGUCAAUGUGUACGAGUACAUCCCGUCGCAGCGGCAGACAGAUCAGUGCCACUACUAUGAGGAUUACCAGGACAACGCCUGUACCCUGGGCGCAUACCACCCGCUGAUCUACGAGAAGGUGCUCGUCCGACGUAUGAGCCGCACCUCGGAGAGAAUGAUCAAGGUCAAAGGUCAGCUCACUCUCCAGGGGCUUAGGAAAAUCCAGUGCAGACUGUAAGGCCCGUCUUUUGCCCAAACCUUAUGCAUUUCUAAAGAAUGCCUUUUGCAGUCAAUUUACAUGUGUGGAUGCCUGUGUUUGAUCUGUAUUGUCUUAGCUGGCCAUGGCCAAAGAUCCCCAACACCCGCUCAUGCAUAAAGUGACCAUUUGCUCCUUGUUCUGGCCCCUCUACUGAGAGAUAACUCAGUCCUGGGCCUACUUGAUGUCUUGUGGUGAAAUAGGCCAACCUCAUUAUCAUACAGUAUUGCUCUGUAAAUAUGUGUUGUGAAUAAUACAUUCAUGUUUGGUCUUGAAUACUUAUAAUGUGGGCAACAGUCUGAUUAUGGUUUUGGUACAAUUGAAUGUAUCUGUGCAUAGUUGUACAUUAAGAAUUAAACUGUAGCAUAAAGUUAUGAUAUCCACCUGGGCCACACCCAUCCACCUCAGACAACAAAGGCUCUGAUGAGUCAGGGGUGGCCCAAGUGAAUGAUAAAAGUGGAGGCUCUGGUCCUCCGG